UACCACACAGUUUUCUCCCCUGAACAAGCUUUUCAAUUUAAGUAAACUUUUCAAUAUAAAAGUAACCUUUGUUUGGUCUAAAACGAAGAAAGAAUUUCACUGACUUUUGUCUUCCAGUGGGUUGCCCAUGAGAAAGAAUGACCACAGAUCUGGAGGUGUACAGGGACAUUCCGGGCUACAAAGCUAUCCUGAGAUCAGUGCUGAAUAGUCAAAUACAGCUGCUGGUUCAUCAGCUGUCAGAGCACACAGGAGAUGAGACAGUGGUGAUCACUGCCAACGUGACAGAGCGUUGUCAUGGAAAUAUGGGUUCCAGCCCUGGUAACAAGUUCCUUCAGCAAAACACCAGCGUCAAGGAACAGUUCCUGAACUUCUGUCUUGGACACCAUGAUGGAACCAGUCGCUUCACCCAGCAACCAUCUAGCCAAUCACCACGAAAAUCCUCAGCUCAAAACUUAUUCAAGUUGAAGCCUGAUAUCUGGAAAUCCACCCUGCGAAAUGGGCCUUACACACAGAAAACCACAAGACGGACGCUGAAAUCUCCAGCAAAACCUUCCGGAUCAAAAGGUCACAUGUUUGAAAACCUGACAAAUGUAAAUCACAGUGUUAAUGAGAACAUUGCCAAGGUUGUGGUCGAUGCAAGUCCAAAUGAAAGUCCGAGGUCACACUCUAGGUUUGACCCCAUGAUAUCAGGUCAAGGUCACAAGGUCAAGGAAAGAGGUCAUACAUAUGACAUGAAUAUUGAGGAGGGACUUAGGCAUGCCAAUGGCUCACCAAUGAUGGAUGCUGAAGGUGAAGGAGCAGAAAUUGCCAACACUGAUAUUUACUUAAUGACAGGCACACACCACCAAACACAGGAAGAUAAUGGUAACCAUCCAGCUGUUACUGUGAAAACAAAAACCUCCAUAGUGACCAGGAGUAGCAAGCGCAAGUCAGCCAUGCCUUCCAGGCGUUACCAGGACCCCUAUGCACAGGGGGUCACAACACUGUCAUCCAGUCAAUCAAGGGACACAACUCAGUCCUUGGGUAACACUAGGGUAACACAUCUGUUUCCUAGCAACUCGAGUGUUGUAACUCCAUCCGAUGGUAACGCAAGUGGCGCAAAUCUAGCACCUAGCCACACAAGAGUUCAAACUCUAUCAUCCAGCCACGCUAGGGGCAAAACUCUGUCAUCCAAUAACACUCCAUCUGUAUUUAUGUCCCCUGGGUCCAACCCACAGAAUUCCAGCCUGGCCAUACACAUGGUAAAAAUGGAACCAGAAGUAGAGCCAGAUGAAAAACCAGAUCUGACCAUCACUGACGUUAGGGAUGUAACUGUGUACCCAGGCGUCAACCUACACAAGUCCAGCCCUGCCCCAACCAUUGUACUUAAAGUUGAGCCUCAAGACAUUACAGAUACAUCAACAGAUGAUGAAAGUGUAGCAGCUUCCUCCCAUCACAGUUCCAGCCCUGCUCCUCCCCUUGUGGUUAUUGAAACAAAGGAGGAGUUGAGUCUGCUGCCAGGUUAUGGUGGAGUUGUCUUUCCUGAACCAAGUGCCGCCCCAUUGUCCGACCCAUCACGGUCAACACGCCAGCAGGCCUCAGUCACGACACCACAGCUGUCCCCUAAUCCAGACUUUAUGUUGGUAUCCCGAGGUGAGGGACGUUAUGAAAAACUGAUACACUGCGAAAUCUGCGGGAAAGUAUGCCGUACCAGCAACAUGGCGCGACACAGGAAACGGUACUGCCUGCUAUCACCUAAAAGGGAAGAGCUACCGGGGAAAAAUAGCCCCAGUGUGAUCAAAUCUGAAAAGAAUUCUUCAAGGUCAAGCAAAGGAGAAGCAUAUGGAAGAAGCUUAUAUGGCGAUGAAAGCUAACUAGCAACACAAUGUUUGCUCAAUGCCAAAAUGAUUCAACAAAGAUGUUGUACAAUCAGGAUAAGAAUUUGAUGAUUCGAUUAAAAGUAGCCUAUAAACAUAAGCUUUCAUUUUGUUAGAAGUUAUUUAUGCCACCCGAAGGAGGGCAUAUAGUGAUCGGACCUUCCGUCUGUCUGUCUGUCUGUCUGUCUUUCCGUCACACUUUGCGUUUAUGUUUUGCGUUUAGGUUUCGGAAAAUGCUCAUAACUUCUAUGUCGCUUCAGAUUGCAACUUGACAUUUUGCAUGCAUGUGUAUCUCAUGGAGCUGCACAUUUUGAGUGGUGAAAGGUCAAGGUCAUCCUUCAAGGUCAAAGGUCAAAUUUAUGGCUUCAAAGCGGGGCAGAAGGGGCAUUGUGUUUCUGACAAACACAGUCAUCUCUUGUUAGAAUUUAUUUUGUGUACCUAGGCAUUUACAGAGAUUCAUGUUAGAAUAGAAAAUUGUAUAACAAUUACAUGUAUAUCUUACAGCCAAAACAAAAUACAGUGAUUUGUUAGGAUGAUUCUGUUGCUUAAUAAAAUGUUACGAUAUAUGCUAUAUGAAAGAGAUAAUUGUACAUGUUUUCAUAACUCAAUCAACAUCUUUAUGUAUAUUUUUGCUAUAAUUGUACAUACAAGUCUACAUAAUUGUUAUACACCACAUGCCUUUUAUUGUUUAUCAUUUCUUUUUCAUCCAAACAUUAUUAUCUUUUAAGCAUUCAUUCUUUUUCAUAUCUUUGAAACUGUUUUUGAUGAUUUUGAAAUCCUAUGUUGUUUGUGUUAUUGUAAAUGAGAUUCGUUCUGGAAAGACUGGGCUUAAAGGGGCAUUUUCACGUUUAGGUUAAUUGACAAAAUUAACAAAAAAUUGUUUCAGAUUCGCAAAUUUUCGUUUUAGUAAUGAUAUUUGUAGGGAAACAGUAAUGCUGAACAUUUCCCAUUCUCUAAAAUAUCCAUUAUAUGCAUCUCUUGACGAUUUGAAAACAUGAAAAUAAUUAAGCGUUGCAACGCGAAAUGGUUGAAAAAUUUGAAAAGUUCUGUUGUUGUCGUUAUAUUUUGUGAAACUACUAGGAUUGCUUGUAUAAAGUUAAAAAUACAUCCAUACAUAGCAUGAGCACGAAUGGCCGAGUGGUCAAAGCGGUAGACUUUAACUCCAGGGGUCAGUGGUUCUGGCCCAGUUGAGGGUUAGUUUUUUUCUUUUUUUUUAAUUGUAUUUUUGUUUUUUAUGGGAGAUUUUUACGUCCAAUGUUUAAAUUUAUCAAUAAAGAGCAUUUAAUGACAAACUUCAAUACAUGUCAAAAUCUGUGAAAAGGCCCCUUUAAUGCUUGUACAUAGUGACAACCCAGAUAAGGGACGUCACUUUCCUCCUGAAAUGUUUUUUUGGUUAGAAGAUACUUUCUUUAAAUGGAAAAUUUAAUAAAAGGGUACUGCACAGAAUUAUCUGGGACGACACUUUACGCAGUUGCAUUAAGCCAAGAAUUCCCAGAACAAGGUUCAUAUAGUUUUCAUGAGUGGUUUAAUUUAUUUGUGACUAAUUUUAGUUUAUUGUCCUUUUUUUCGUUGUGUGCAUGUUUAACUGGUUUGUUUGUAAUAUAAACAUGUAAUAAGCAUUAUGUCCUUAAGAAAAUAAUGAAAUAUUAUAUAUUUCUUUUCGAAAAAAGUGGUCCUAUGUUUUUACUAUAUUUUUUAUGUUACUUAUUAUUUCUUUUUUAAAAUGGAACAAAAUUUUACCUACCAGUAUUGCUUAUGUCUAUUUUGACAUAUAUGUUCUAGAUCUAGUAAGUUUGUUUGAGUCUCGUUCUGAGAACACUGGGCUAAAUGCAUACGUGUAAAGUGUCAUCCAAGCUACAUGUAAUUGCACAGCCUUGUAUGGGGUGACACUGUAUGAACAUGCUAUAAUGCUAAGGCCAAACAUGAUCUAUUCUGUGUUUUGGUGUGCUUAUCCCUAUCUAAUACCCAAAAGUUCAGUUUUGAGCAGGGAUUGUUUAUUUUUGAAAUCCAAUUUUGUCAGAUUUUUUACAAGUCUGUAAUGUUUUUUAAUAUUAUGGAUAAAUGUGUUUGUCAAAAAUGUUAAAACAUUUAGCCUCGACCGUAGCCAUCUUUGUUGUGAACCCCAAAUGUGAUGUUCCAGAAUGUCAGUGGAGAUGACUACACAGUUUAAAGAAAUUGAUAUUUGUUUCAUACAUUUCCCCCCAAAAUGUAUUGCAUUCAGAAUCGUUAUUGUAUAUAAAUUAUACUCAUGUAUGUGACAAGAAUGAAUUUCACUUGUAUAUUUAUGCCCCUAUGGAGUGUACAUAGACAUAGUAACUGCACUUGUUGGUCUGUCCAUGCGCCUGUCUGUAUGUCUAGACACUUGUGUUU